AUGUCCGUUACUGUUCGCCAGCUCAACGGCGACUCGACGUUUCUCUUGAUCUUCUCCCCAGAGCCUCAGCCCCUACCUUCAGAUUUGCUUUCCGCAAAUGGAGCCUUUUCCCUACUUAUAGAUCCGUGGCUUUCUGGCUCUUCAGUCGUGACGGCCCCAUGGUUUGCGAAAACCACACUGAGGACGCCGAGUGCCAUUUCUCACCUCUCGGAUAUUGAAGAACCAGAUGUGGUAGUUGUGUCACAAAAUAAACCAGACCAUUGUCACAAGGAGACUUUACUGCAACUACGACCUGAGGGAAAGACUAUCAUUGCAGCCGAACCUGGGGCAGCAAAAGCGAUCAAGAGUUGGCACCAUUUUGACCCUAACAGGGUUGUGGGAUUGUCUAAAUACGAUGCUAAGGUCAAGUUUGGACGUUCAUUACGGCUCCGAAUCCCUCCAUUAUCAGCAACUGGAUUUCCAGGAGAAGUGUGUAUCUCCUUCAUCCCGGCGAGGAAUUAUGUGACCGGCCUACACAAUGCUUUUUGUAUCACAUAUCAACCACCAACUCAUACAAAAUCUGUGGCUUCAAUCGCGACCAUCGAUCUACCGAGAACUACCAAGUAUUUUCACAUGCCGCUCAGUCCGAUGACCAUGCCACCCAGCAGUCCACCAGCGCCGUUGUCGCCACUUAAUAGCAGACCAAUGUCGUUUGCCCAUCCUGAUGGAGACCGAGAUUUAUACCCCGGCCCGCGGAAAUCACAAGCCUUGAGAUCACAUAGACCACAAUUAUCCCGGUCUUCCAAUACUGCGUCCUCGGAAUUUUUACCUACGCUCGAUCACCCAAUCUUACGAACCGAGGCAAAGCCUGGCGAGGGGGAGAUUGUUCCCCGUGAGUUGACUAUUCCCGACCAGUUACCAUCCUUGGACCUUCCAUUUCAUUUCGAACUCGAUGCAGCACCAAUAUUCGUUCGCAAGCUACCAACCCCACCAGAUUCGCCAGAAGUCUUUGCUCAGUCGACCUCAACUAUCGGGUUCUCACCGCUCCUUCCGUCAACAACAUCGCCAAGCACAGCUACAUCAGCGAGCCCAGAAAACCUACAUGCCUCCCCAAUCAAAACACUGACCCACCACAAGUCACUAUCAUCCGUCUCAUCCUGUCCCACCCUCCACAGCCCAGUGACGCCCGCGCGUCCGAAAGCUAUUUCCAUCAUCUACUCACCACACGGACUUCCACUAUCUGAUCUCCAACCAUACAUCGAGACGCAUCUCGUGCGCUUGGCGGGCGCUCUCCCACUGACGAUCCUCUUCCAUUCGUUCGACCACGCACAGAACCCGUGGUAUUUUGGCGGAAACAUCAUGACCGGGAUGCACGGCGGGGCGGAUAUUGCUCGCGCGCUGAUGGCGCGAUGCUGGAUCAGCGCCCACGAUGAGGAGAAAGACGACCGCGGCCUCAGCGUCAAGCGUCUCCGGGUGAAGCGUAUCACGGCGGAGGAGGUCUGCAGAACGCUGUGGGAGGGCGAGGAAGGUGAGUGGUUGAAGAAGAAGGGCUGGACCUGUGAUGUGCGGAAUCUGGAUGUUGGUAGGGAUAUGUGCGUCGGUCCGACGAGGGACCUGUGCGCUGGAAUGGAAGGGAAGCGUGAGAGUCGCCUGAUGAAGUUCACGCAGGUUUGA